AUUGCAAUCAAAAAUGAUAUUGUCAAUUUAUGCUGUCUAUGAAAAUGUGAAAUGUGGCAGGUGCGUACGUAUUUCUAGGACACCUAUCAACAUCACCGAUUUUCAGCAAUUAGCUCAUAUUAUUUUCAUCACCUUUUUGCCUUUUACGCUCUCUCAGCUGAUAUUCGAGACUGAUUAUUCUUUGGCGUUGGUGCUUUAAAGUAUAUUGAGGGAACCCAAUUUAUGACUGAUACCAAUAAAACUAAUGUGAAUAUGGCAUUGGGGACAGAUGCAGAAAAUACAUACAUAAAUGUUGGAUUUGAUGAGGAAGCGAAACCAGUCGUGUCAUCCAAGAAGACUCGGACAACUACUGCACCCGUGGCUGUAGGUUCUCCAGCCCCAGAUGGUCACAAUGUUAACAUGCGUGAAAACCAAAGUGGGGACAAACGUGACAACGUACAUGUUAAUCAUCCAGUCGACAGUCAAGGUCUGCCCGUCCUGGAUGAUGAAGAAGAUUAUGAUGCCCAAGCUCAGGUAACACCACAGGAAGCACCCGAUCUUGCUCACAGAAGUUACUACAAUCUGGAUGAUGUUGAAGCAUGCCAUGCUAUCUCCGUGUCCUCACUUGCGACACGAGUGCAGGCGAUGAAAGACCAGCCAGAAAGGGCUGAAGAGGAGUUUAAGCGUCUACCUGAUGGUUUCAUGCAUUCCUAUGAGGAAUCACAAAAGAGGAAGAACAAAGGGAAGAAUAGGUUCAAAGGAUAUUACCCAUAUGAAUCGGGUGAUCUUGCAUGACGCUAGUGAUGACAGUAG